AUGUCUUCGCCCACAAACGCACCGACACACACUCUCUCCGCUCUUGCAACUCUCACACCACCAUCCAACUCGCGAACAUGGCAGUCGGCGCCACACCCUUCUCUCCCCAUAGUUGCGACGGCUUGUUCCGACCGCAGCGUGCGCGUCUACAGCCUGACAUCAUUUACACUUCUCCACUCGAUAACAGGGGGUCAUAAGCGCAGUGUACGGACAGUCAGCUGGAAGCCUGGCACGCGAGGACAGAGCGUUCUCGCCACAGGCAGCUUCGACUCGAGCGCUGGCAUCUGGCGACGCGAAGAGCACGGCGGAAGCCUCGAAAACGACUUCACGAACCGACGAAUGGGCGGCGCAGAAGACGACGAGGACCAGGACGAUGACGCCGACGAUUAUCAGUUCAGCUGUAUUCUCGACGGUCACGAGUCGGAGAUCAAGUGCCUGUCGUGGAGUCCCUCGGGGCAGUACUUAGCGACUUGUUCGCGCGACAAGAGCGUGUGGAUAUGGGAGGAGCUGGAGGACGACAACUUCGAGACGGUAGCUGUGCUGCAGGAACAUGAUGGCGAUGUCAAGUGCGUGGCAUGGCACCCAGAGGAGGACUUGUUGGUCAGCACAAGCUACGACGAUACCGUCCGGUUGUACAGAGAAGACGCGGACGACUGGGUGCAGGUCGCGAUGAUCGACGGGCACAACCAGACAGUUUGGUGGGCCGAGUUUGAGGGGAGCGGGAUGAGCAAGAAGGAUUGGAGGGCAGAGAGGACGGGACUAUCAGAGGAGCAGACACAGUAUAUUGAGGGCCUGGAGAGGUCUGGACCUAGGCUCGCAACCUGCUCGGACGACUGCACAGUGAGGAUAUGGCGGCGGCAGGCGAAAGAGAGGGACGACAAUGCAAGCAGCAACACAGGCGUACCUAGCAUCAUCCGCUCUGCAGCCAUCGAUGAGGACUGGUAUCAAGAAGCGAUCCUUCCGCAAGUCCACGAACGCGCCAUAUACUCAGUAUCUUGGAGUCGCACCACGGGUAUGAUAGUCAGCGCAGGCAGCGACGGCAAGAUUAUUGUUUACAAGGAGAGAUGGAGACAACCCGCCUCUGGUGGUGUAAACGGCGACCAGAUGGAGGUAGAUGGCGCGCAAGCACAAUCCCCAACGGAGUGGGUAGUUGUUGCGGAACUAUUCUCAGGACAUGAUGUGUUUGAGAUCAACCAUGUCAGUUGGGCGAGGAGAGCAGACAAGGGCAAGAGGGAAGAGGGGGAAGAGGUUGUUCUGAGUACUGGUGAUGACGGCGAACAUGAACAAUAUCUACAUAGCAACUAUCCAAGUCAUGACCUGGGUGUCCAUCUCCCUCGUCAUGACACGUUCUGA